AUGGCGCAGCCAUCCGACAGAGAGAAGAUGCUUCGUGGAGAGCUCUACCACGCCUUCACGCCCGAUCUCAUUGCUGCCCGCACACGCUGCUCGCAAGCCUGCCGUCGCUUCAACAAUGCGGGGGAUGUCUCCCGCCGACGCAUGGUCGAGCUUUGGAGAGACAUAGUCGAAGACAAAACCCCUCUUCCUCCACCCAAGGAGGACUCCGCAGAGGAUGAAGCGCUAUUCGCGCAGGAGCCCACGAUCGAACCGCCCAUCCGGAUUGACUAUGGCUUCAAUGUGAAGCUGGGCGAGGGAGUUUUCAUCAACUCCUACUGCGUCAUAAUUGACACAUGCCUGGUUACUGUGGGAGCACGUACGCUCUUUGGCCCCAAUGUCAAUCUGUACAGCGGGACUCAUCCGUUGGACCCUGCUGUGCGAAACGGUAUCAAAGGCCCUGAGACGGGCAAAGAGAUCCAUAUCGGCGAGGAUUGUUGGAUAGCCGGCAAUGUGACUAUCCUACCCGGAGUGACAGUAGGGAGGGGAGCAACAGUUGGCGCUGGUAGUGUCGUUACAAAGGAUGUUCCCGCUUUCCACGUGGUUGCCGGGAAUCCGGCGAAGGUUAUCCGCAAAAUUGAAACAUCAAUGACCGAGUGA